AUGAAUACAAGAGGGAGACCCGCAAGGAGAGUAGGAGAAGAGGAUGUGAAUGAGGAAGUUCCUCCCCAAGUUGUGCAAAAUGGUCAAGGUGUGCAAUGCAAUCAAGUUCCUAUAGGUGAGCAAGAGAAUGAGGUUCCGGUGGUUCCCCCGGAUAUGACCAAUGAAGAGAUUAGGUCGGCUUUCUUAAUCUUGGCCCGAGCCAUGGCGGCUCAAGCGACUAGAGAUAUGGGGCCUAGGGUGGGAGAGGAUCCCCAAGAAUUUUUGGAUGAAGUGUAUAAGGUAGUGAGUGUUAUGGGGGUGACUUCAAGAGAAAAGGCGGAGCUUGCCUCCUAUCAAUUGAAAGAUGUUGCCCAAAUUUGGUUCACUCAAUGGAAGGCUAAUAGGCCGGUGGGAGCGGAUCCUAUAGAAUGGGAGGAGUUUAAGGAAGCUUUCCUUGGUAGGUACUUUCCCCGUGAGAUGAGGGAGUGUAAGGUUGAGGAGUUUAUCAAUCUUCGGCAAGGUAAUAUGAGUGUGCAAGAGUAUUCCUUGAGGUUUACCCAAUUGUCUAAGUAUGCCCCAUCUUUGGUGUCAAACCCUAGGGAUGAGAUGAGUAGGUUUGUGACCGGCGUAUCCGACCUAGUCAAGGAAGAGUGCCAUACGGCAAUGCUCCAUAAUGACAUGAACAUUUCUAGGCUCAUAGUGUAUGCUCAAUCCAUUGAGGAGUCCAAACUUAAGAGGAUGAAUAGGAAUGUGAAGAGGGGUAGAUCCGAUGAGCAAAGUCAACCUAGGUUCAAGAAGAGGGCUCAAGAUCAAGAUUUUUCAAGUGCUCCUAAGGUUAACCAAGAUAAAGGUGGUGGAUCUCAAUUUUCUAAACCUACUUGCACCACUUGUGGCAAGAGGCACUAUGGGAAGUGCCUAGCCGGUACUAAUGGAUGCUAUGGUUGUGGGAAGAAUGAUCACAAGGUGAAAGAUUGUCCUACUUUUACGGCUAGAGGAAGGGAGGCAAAGCAAGCUUCUAAAGAUGGAACGGUUCCUAUUCCUCCAAAUUAUGGUCGUUUCUAUGCUCUCCAAGCUAGCAAGGACAAGGAAGCUAAUCCGAAUGAAGGCGCCGGUUCCGGCAAGUGAUCCCUCCUAGCUAGUUUGAAGUGUUGGAUUGCUUUCCUCCAAGA